GUGUUUUCCGUGCGUGAAGGAAGCUUGACCGAAGUGCUGCUGAAAGCUGUCAGGCUUCUGUCCGUCUCACUCUUAGCGUUUAUCUCAGCAUGGCAUCUCAAGAGCUGGCAAGAAAGCUGCAGUCGCGGCUGGCCGCUACGCAGGAAGGCGAGCCGAGGCCGGAGCCCGAACAAAGCCCGGUUCGGCCCAAACCGCAAGAACCCGAGGCUGCCUGUGGCGAUUCGUCCUCCGAGCUGUCGGCCAAACUGACCCGCAGACUGGACAUCAACGAAGGCAGUACUGCUCCUCGACCGACCCGCGUCUUUAACCCUUACACGGAGUUCAAAGAGUUCUCUCGCAAGCAGAUUAAGGAUAUGGAGGCGAUGUUCAAACGGUAUGACACUGGUAAAGACGGCUUCAUCGACCUAAUGGAGCUGAAGCUGAUGAUGGAGAAGCUGGGAGCUCCACAAACCCACCUGGGCCUCAAAAAUAUGAUCAAAGAGGUGGAUGAAGAUUUUGAUGGCAAACUGAGUUUUAGAGAGUUCCUGCUUAUCUUUCGGAGAGCAGCAGCUGGAGAGCUGCAGGAGGAGAGUGGUCUGAUGACUCUGGCCAGACUGUCUGAGAUCAAUGUCUCCACUGAGGGAGUGAUGGGGGCCAAGGACUUCUUUGAAGCCAAGGUGCAGGCUCUGUCUGUGGGCAGUAAGUUUGAGGCUGAGAUUCGAGAGGAAAAAGAAGAACGCAAGAGACAGGAAGUGGAGAAAAAACAGCGUCAAGCUGCUUUCAAGCAGCUGCAGUCCACCUUCUGCUCAUGACCCUCUUCAGAGAGUGCAUCACCAUGCUCUCAUGCACAAGUCAUUGUUUCUAAAAUUUUAGAAAUAGUUCCACACCACUUACACUGUGUCAUUUGUCAGAAUGGGGUACUUUAAUUUAAAAAAAAAAUGUAGACAGUUGUUUCAAAGUAAAUGCUCACUAAAAUGCUUGAAAAUACCUCAUUACACCUCACAAGCAAGGUUCAUUCAUUCCAGUCUUCUGCAGCUGUCUUAGAGCAAACAUGAGACAAAAACAUUGCAUCAGACAUGUAAUGAGAUACUUAGUGAUCACUCCACGUUUUUGAAAAUCUCAGUUUUACUGUGCAUUUCUGUGGGCUUGUUCCUCGUGUCCCUGUUUUUAUCUCCCUGAUUUUUGAUUCCAAUUUGGUCAUUUAUAUGAUCUUGCAUAAGCCUCACAUUGUUAACACUAUCCGUGUCAUUAAGUGAACAUCUACUCUACAACUUGCAAUGUAACAGAAAUAGUAUAGGAAUAGGUAAUAGUAUAUUAUUAGUAUUAACAUAACAGUGUGGAAACAUUUAGUGGUCCUUGUACAACUUUGAGUGUUACUUUGACUUUUAGCCCAGCUAACUAGGUUAUACUGUCCUUGACUGCCAACAACUUUCAACAUUUGAUAUCACUCUCAUGUCUGCAUUCAGUACUAGCUGGUGUCAGGCCAUGGUAAGCCUAGCCUAUGUUUAUGCUCAGCUAGCCUAUGUCAGGCAAGGCUAGCCUAUGUUAUGUAUGGCUCACAAUGGCUACCAGAGGGGGAAAUGGCUAGUAUGGCUAAAAAAUGUCUGAAGCAAACUGACAUCUUGCAAUCCAGUCUCUUAAACCUGUGUACAGAAUGAAAUUAAAAAAUGCUAAAUCAUUUUUGUUUCAUAGAAUAGUGUUACUUUUAAACUAACACAUAAAUAAGGAGAGGGUGUAGGCUCCACCGGACGGCAGGGGUGUGGCCGGUCUGACAGAUUCUGACAGAUCUGUUCGACUGGUCACCUAAAAAAAAAAGGACAUGACAAGACUGCAGAUGGAGUCGAAACAUGUCAGCAAGGUAAAACCAUACUUUUCUUAUUUAGUUGUCGGUUUAAAAGUAACACUACUCUAUAGUAACAAAUGACAAAAUUAACAUAAUACAAUGAUUUUUGUUUCACUUCUGUGCUGGAACCUUAUUGAUGAAUACAAGCUUCACAUCAGUAGCACCGCAACUCCUCCUGAAAGCUCAAAUGUUAAUUGCUACAUUUCUGUUUACAGUGUAAAUAAUUGGGAUACAAUAGUUAACCAUUGAACUUAAAGGUAUCAAAGUAUUUUCUGAUGUUGGACAGAGCGAGACUGUUUUCCAAUCACCUUCAGUGUUUGUGUUGCCACAUCCUGACUCCAGCUCUGUACUCAAAACAGAUUUGUGGUUUAUAUCUCAGAAGUAAAGCAACUAAACAUUUAGCAAGAACAAAUCUUUUAAAUCUGUCUAUUCUUGCAUAAGCAUAGGUCAACAACAACAGACUUUAUUUCAGCCUCAUUAAUAAAAACACAGUGUCAGAUUAAAGAUGGACAGCUUACAUUUAAGUAUGCUCACCUAUAACACCAAGGUUUAUCAAUUCCCUUUUGAUACUCUUAAGACCUAAACUGAAUUAACAAAUGGCAGUUGCGAAUGGACUGUUGAGUGUUUCUGUGAAUUUGAGUGCCGUGUAGUUUUCAUUUUCGAUAGCACGCAGAGCAGGCAGAUUUUAAAAUAUAUAUGCUCGAGAUUCUAAAAUAUCUGAAUUCAAUUUAGCUUUUUUUUGUGGUCAACUAUUUAUUUGAAAUAUGCUGAAGCCCCGGGUGCAUAAAAAGUGACCAAAGAUGUUGGUAAUCUUGAGACGAAAGUACUGGUGUGUCAGCUGGUACAACUUCUGACUGUAGACCUGUGGACCAUGAAUGUAACAGUGGUCCUUCAUCUCACUGAGCUGGAGAUACAGAUUGCAGAGUGACAUCUUUGAGUAUUUUUGUAGAAAGGUACGAUAAAUACCAUCAACUCAUUGUUCGGACAAUUUAUUUAGAUGCUUAAUAUGUCUGAGAAACUAGCUUAUAUGAUGAAAUGUAAAAAUCACUGGAGUGCCCAUUUAAUGUGACAAUGUAGUCAUUCAUGUGCUUCCUCUGUCUGCUACAGUUCAGUUCUGCUUCUGUAACUUAAAUUACGUGUGAGCAGUAUCCUAAGUAUAUGCAAAUAAGCAAAUCACAAGAUCUUAGCUGGACUGUCACAAUCUCAGAAGCUGUUACCACAUACUAAUCACCUGUAUACACUUUGAUUUCAGAUGUUCUGAAAAGGGAUUCAUGCUGUAGAUUGCUAUGUAAGUGCUCACUUACAGCCUGCCAGAAACUAAGAUACGUAGCAGUUUCCACAUAGAGCUGUUGAUGUUUCAGGGUGAAAAACAAAGGUCUUGUGCUGCACUCAGAGUAAAGCUGACUGUAUCUAGAACAAAUUUCAGCUUUUGUCAAGCUGUCUACCUAUGCAUUUCAGCUCUACUAUAUCAGAUGGACAGUCUUUCAAUAGUGUGGUCUCAAAUCUCUACCUACUGUUCUACUGGCGCAGCACUGGAAAAAACGUGUGAUCACAACAAAGGUGGCAGCUUUAUUAGUAGGUUUGCUGUGCAGCAUUGUGGUGAGCAUUAACACAGAAAGUGGCCCUUGAUGCUGGAAGGAAUAAGUCAGUAUUUUAGGAAAUGUCACACGGGGACUCAGAGACUCAGGUGCAGACAGCAACGACACAGCAGAAGAGUAAAUUCAAAUAAAAACAAUUGUGCAAGAUACAGAUAACAGGAUACCAAGGGGAAUACCAAGGACUGACAGCACUAGAGAGAAAGUGCAGGACAAGACUAUUGCGUGGGAGAAUACGAGGGUACACUUGAGCAAGAAGUGACUACAUGAGCCGAAGGAGGACAGAAGGCUAGCUUAGUUUUCACUAAGCUACAAACAACGACGCAUAUUCAAUAUUACAAGUUAAGGUUAUCACGGAAUGCAGGACUAACCGGUACUUAGUAAUAACAAGCUAGGAAAGACUAUCAAUAGGUCGGAAAUGCACUCACAGUGCAGUAACAGAAAAACAAACACAUAUCUUCAUAGAUUGCCAACACAGCGAAACACAACUGUGGAGGACGUGUGAGGAUAACAGGUGACAGUAAGCACAAGCACAGAAUACACACACCAAGGCUCCAAGGCAAAACUUCAUUCAGUAUGUUUGCAAACUCGAAACAAAAUUCCACUCUAGUUGGCAACCGGAAUGGGGAAGAGCAGUAGAGGGAAUGCAGGAAUGGUCUCGUCGGCAGGAGACAGAAGAUAAUUUGUGGAAGGAAAGCUACAGGUGGACCAGGUUUCUCAUGGCAUGGCAAGAUACCAGGUUUGCCAAUGGAGGCAGAAAGGCAGACAGGGAGUGACAGAGAACUGCAGCAGAAAAGAAGCCAGGUUAGACACGGAGCAAACACAAGCAAGAGCAGAAUAUUGGCCUGGUUGACUGACUGGAGUAGUUCAACAGUCUGGUGUGGAGGGGUGGCCUGAGCUCAGCUUUUAUGGUUAGAGAUGAUGACUUGCAGGAGAGCCACUCUCAGCAACAACUGUCGAUGAUCAGGUUAUUAUCCAGUGAGCUGAACCUGCACACAUUCCACACACACACUUCACUCAUGCUCACAUAAGGAUAAAAUGGAAAGAAGGGAAAGGAAAGCCUGUCACUAUACAGAGGAGGAGGAGGACAGAACAGGAAAUUUGAUUAUACUUAUACCAUGAAAGACCGAGGUGAGAAUGUUAAAUUAUUUAUCUCAUGUCUGAGUGUUCAGUCAAAAAUAGCAUAGAAAACAAUUUGGUUCUGUAUGACAUGAAAACAUAAAUCCACUAGGACCCCUCACUAAUGCUCUAUCUUGUUUGCCAUUUGUGUGCGGAAUAAAGAAUAUUAAAAGAAACAUCGCUGCUGUAGGGGCAGUUAUGUGCAGAAAGUGUUUCUUUGUGAGCAGCACCUGUCUGCUUACCAAUCAGACUGAUUUUAUUAAUCCUAAAAGGGAAACUGUACCAAAUCAUGUAACAAUCUGCACUCUCAUGGGAGAUGGUUCCCCCAUACUGUUGGAUAGAUCAGUAAAUAGUAUAGCACAUCAUGUCACUUACCCGUAAAUAAAAUGUUUUUACAUUUCUGAUAAAAGAUGUCAAGUGUCAGACAGUGAACUUUAGAGGUGCUGAUAGGUUUUUGAAUUGCUCAAGGCUAAGCUAGGCAAACCACAUCAAUCUUCAUAUCUCACUCAAAGAGUUUCCACAAUAAAAUGUUGAUUUGUUUCUAUUAAAAAAAAUUCUGUUAAAGUAGCAGUGGACAGUC